UCAAAAGCAGCAAAUAAUUCGCACAAGUCCCAAACGCUUCCGACGAUUUUGGACGUUCCAUGGUCUCCGGUUCUGGUUUAAAGAUCAUCUAUUCAUCUCCAACUCCAAAAUCAGAUUCCGCUCCUGCGUUGCCUUAUAUCUCAAUAUGUUAUCACCCGCGUCGGUCUGACACUGAUUCAGAGAGAUAGGGAGAGAGUGAGUGUCUGAAUUUCUGAAUGUCUGAUCAUAGAGAAAAUCUUCAACUUGGUGGAAACUUCAUUUUCCUCAUUGAAAAGACGGAAUCUCCAUUGCUGUGUCGACAAUGACAAUAGCAGUAUAGCACUAAACGUUGCUCUAAGAAUCCCAUCUCAAAGAUCAUUGUUCUUGCAAUUAUUAUAAUAUAACAUUAAGAAAGAGGAUAAUAAAACCAGUCUUCAGGUUGAACAGUAAAAUCGGGUACAAAAGUGAUGAAUUAGGUCUUAGUUGCGCCUGAAUCUGAAACAACCUCACUUUUGGUCAUAUCUUAUCCCGAAGGGAUUGAAUCCAGAUGGAAGUAAAAAAUCCACAACACAACCAGAUUCUUGAUAUUAGUAGAGCCGUGCCUGCUAGAGAGCCAAGCUUAGGAGGGAGUAAGAAUUGUGGGGCAGCAGCAUGUGGAUUCUCUGAUGCUAGAACCAGCUCCAAGGAUGCCAGAGAGAGAUCUGCUUCCAUGAAAAAGCUUUUCAUAGCAGUUAUACUCUGUGUCAUCUUUAUGAGUGCAGAAGUAGUUGGUGGUAUUAAAGCUAACAGUCUUGCAAUCUUAACUGAUGCAGCACAUCUGCUUUCGGAUGUUGCAGCUUUUGCCAUAUCUUUGUUUUCAUUGUGGGCAUCAGGUUGGGAAGCAAAUCCACGUCAAUCUUAUGGCUUCUUCAGGAUUGAAAUCCUUGGUGCUUUAGUUUCCAUCCAGUUGAUAUGGCUUCUUACCGGGAUACUAGUUUAUGAAGCCAUUGCUAGGAUCAUACACGACACUGGUGAAGUUCGGGGCUCCCUAAUGUUCUUUGUUGCUGCUUUUGGUUUGCUGGUUAACAUUAUCAUGGCUAUUUUGUUGGGUCAUGAUCAUGAUCAUAGCCAUGGAGGGCAUGAUCAUGGCCAUGGUGAACAUGGUCAUGGUCAUGGCCAUGCGGUAAGCAUUAAUACAAAUCACCAACGUGGGGGACAAGGCAUACAUCAAAGCGAGCAUGGUCACUUUCAUGAAGUGGAUGAUUCUGAACCUCUGCUUGAUAAUUAUUCUAUGGAUGAUCAUGGCCACGGUGAACAUAUUCAUAGUCAUGGUCAUGGCCAUGCGAUAAGCAGUAUUGCAAAUUGCCGACACGGGGGGCAAGACAUACAUCAAAGUGAGCAUAACCACCCUCAUGAAGUAGAUUCUGAACCUCUGAUUGUUGAUAAUUAUAAUGUGGAUGUACAUAGAGCCAACACAGGUCAGAAACAGAAGCGGCAGAAUAUCAAUGUCCAGGGGGCUUAUCUUCACGUACUAGGGGACUCCAUCCAGAGUAUUGGGGUGAUGAUAGGAGGAGAAAUCAUCUGGUACAAACCUCAGUGGAAGAUCAUUGAUUUAAUAUGCACCCUCCUGUUCUCAGUAAUUGUGCUCGGUACAACAAUCAAGAUGCUGCGUAAUGUUCUGGAGGUUUUGAUGGAGAGCACGCCAAGAGAGAUUGACGCAACGAUGCUUGAAAAGGGUCUCUGUGAGAUGGAGGAGGUGGUGGCAAUUCAUGAGCUGCACAUAUGGGCCAUCACUGUAGGGAAAGUCCUGUUGGCUUGCCAUGUCAAGAUCAAGAAAGAGGCAGAUGCAGAUAUGGUGCUGGAUAAAGUGAUAGACUAUAUAAGGAGGGAAUAUAAUAUCAGCCAUGUGACCAUACAGAUAGAGCGUGAUUAGGAGAUCGAUUGGGUGAUGGAUACAGAUAUUCUCCAGUUAUUUCAUGUCGUAAUAUGUAUCAGUUAGAUUCAUAUAAUCACAUGCAAAUUGGAACUCAGGAUCCAUACGUCAAUCACCCCUCACUCCCUCUUUCCCCAAAAUUCCAAAGGCUGCAUUGGGUAGGACUUGAGACUUAAGAGUCAAAAGUGAAUGCACUGAUAUGAAUGCAAA